CUGGGCUUGGUUGCCUGUGUGUGGGAGCCAGCGGCAGACACGAAGAGGAGCAGGUGGCCCACAGCACUCAGGCCACAUCCACACCAGCCUUGGAUGGCACUGCCCACAACCCAGCACGCGUAGCCGUCGGAGAUGGCGUCCGCCAUGUGGCUCUUCCUCGGCCUUGCUGGGUGGCUGACGGCAGCACUCUCAGGUCUGAGCCUCCCAACUACUGCUACGCCCGGUCAGCACAAUGUGAGCAUCAAGGCCCUGAAGCCAGGUUUCAGGGUGCGCUUGGCCAACCGGAGCAGUAGCUGCCGCGGGGAGGUGGAGGUCCAGCUUGGUGCCCUCUGGGCACCAGCCUGCGGGGUACCAUGGGACUACCAGGCUGCAGAGGCCGUGUGCCGUGCACUGGGCUGCGGCAGUGCGGAGCUGACCCUCGAGCCAGAGCCUGCAACCCCUGUGGGCAACGCCAGCACCUCUAACACCACGCGUGGACGCGCACUUGCUGUCCACUGCCGCGGCCCUGCAUGGGGGCUCUGUGAGGUGAAGGAGGAUGCAUGUAGAGGUGAUGCUGGGCCAGCCAGGGUCAUCUGUGCAGAUCCCCCCGCCCUGCGACUGGUGGGCGGCACCAGCCCGUGCGCUGGCCGUGUGGAGAUGCUGGAGCGCGGAGUGUGGGGCACCGUGUGUGACGACGCGUGGGACCUGGAGGACGCGCAUGUGGUGUGCAGGCAGCUGGGCUGUGGCUGGGCAGUGGAGGCGGUGCCCGGGCUGCGCUUCCCUGCGGGCAGGGGCCUCAUCCACCGCAACACGGUGAACUGCACGGGCGAUGAGGAGCACCUCUGGGACUGUGAGAGCCAGCCUGGUGAUGGCUACUGUGGCCACAAGGAAGACGCGGGCGUCGUGUGCUCAGAGCACCAGUCCUGGCGCCUGACUGGGGGUUCAGACCGCUGCGAGGGGCAGGUGGAGGUGCACUUCCGCGGGGUGUGGAGCACUGUAUGUGACAGCCAGUGGUACCAGCCGGAGGCCGACGUGCUGUGCAGGGCCCUGGGCUGCGGAUGCAUGGCGGACCGGCCCCCCGGGCAGCCGCACUCGCUGCCCGGCAGGAUGUUCUACUCCUGUGAGGGAGACGAAGCCACGCCCUUCCUCUGCACUUGGAGGUUCAACAACUCCAACCUGUGCAGCCAGUCUCGGGCAGCCAGGGUGAUCUGCUCAGGUUCCCGGACACUGUACAACCUGUCCGCAUCUCCAGUCCCCUCCAGCAUUCAGCCGGGGACUGUAGGUUCCUCAGUGCCGGUGGAGACCGAGAAGUCUCGGGAGCUGCUGCUCCUGGUGCCCAGCCUGGUCCUGGGGAUCCUUCUCCUUGGCGCGCUGGUCACCAUCGCUGUCAUCCUCCUGAGGGUCAAGGGGAAAUACGGUGGGCGCACAGUUGGGGCGCAGGCAGAACCUGAAGCCCUCCCCGUGGCCAGGAACCACCAGCACCUCCUGCCCUCCGCCACACCAGCAGGGAGCAAUAGCUACCACGUGGUUCCCAUCACUGUUCCUAAAGAGGAAGCACCCCCACCACCGGCCCUGCCCCCCGAGGCCUUAGACUCAGACUCUGGUUCGGACUAUGAGCACUAUGACUUCAGCGCCCAGCCACCCGUGGCCCUGACCACCUUCUACAAUUCCCAGCGGCACCGGGUCAUGGAGGAAGAGGCCCAGCAGAGCCGGUUCCAGAUGCCACCCUUGGAGGAAGGACUUGAGGAGCUUCACACUCCUCCCAUGCUGGCUGCCCUGCCUGGACCCUGCACCACGGACACUACCCCAAGGGACCCUGGGCGUCCCCAGGGUGGUAGCAGUGGGUCCAGCACAUCUUCUGGCGAGGACUACUGCAACAGCCCCAAAAGCAGGCCACCACCGUGGAGCCCCCAGGCAUUUUCCCUGGAACUGGCUGGGCCCCCCAUGCCUUUACCAGGUGGCGGGGUCCCUGCAGGCGACAGCUCCAGCACCUCGUCUGGGGAGUGGUACCAGAAUUUCCAGUCACCGCCCAAGCACCAGCCCACAGAGCAGUUUGAGUGUCCAGGGAGGGAUCCCAUGAUGUCUGGAGAAGCAGGGAUGGGGCCCCCUGACCUGAGACUCACCUCAGGUCCUGCUGGCCACCUGUCUGACUCCUCCUACUCCGACUACGAUGACAUUGGAGCAGCCUAGUGGGGUCCCUGCCGUGUUCCCAGGAGGCCCCCCUACUCCCUCCUCCUCCAGUCCCCUAGAUCACCUGAAUGGGCUGAGACCUCCCCACGGACAGAAGGAUACAUGUUGUCCACCAAGACCCAGGCAAGUGGGCUUGGUGGCACACACCUGUGAGCCUCGCACUGGCAGGAGGAUUGACCCCAGUUGGAGGCUGAACUGAACUACUCAGGGAAACCCUGUCUUAGCCACACAGGCUGGGCAGGAGUCAUGAUCCGCUGGGAAGUAAGGAGUUCUGGCUUUCGUGGGGCCCUGUUUGUGCUCUGGAGGUGACCCACACUAGGAAGCUUGGUGACUCCAAUGCUGGCCCGCACUUUGCCCAGAAGUUACUGACAGCUGCAAAGCCAGUCAGUGUGUCCCUGGGAGCUUCUGGCACGGGAGAGGCUCAUGAAGUUUCUCACUGAACCGCAGCCCAGCUGAGGCAGGAGGGUCUCUGCGGAAAUCUCCCUUCCUGACCAACCUGGACUGUGGGCCACGGUGGCCUGAGUGCAGCAUGGCCGGGGUCAGGAAUCAAGGGGACCUCACCAUGCCAGUUGGGCUGCAUUGGGUCCCGGCCCUGGCUGAGGAGAGUGAGUGUGUUGUACGUAGGCAUCUGGCCCAGCCAGUGGUGUGCACUGCCUCGGACGCACCCCACCCCACGUCCCCCGAUGGCCUGGGCAUCCACACCCAGCACCCGAUUCAGAACUCACUUUGUCUGCAGAUCAUGAGAACUAGGCCCUGACUCCCUCCCCACUGGUGGGCAGCCCAAGUGCCAUGCCACAGCUGCCCCCACCAAGGGCCAGCCUGGGCCCCUGGGUGCUCAUUCUGGGGCACAGAGAGACGCGGACACUGGCCAGGGCCUUGGGACCCCCAGCAUAGAGCUGUGGGGUGAGCUGCAGCACAGGCCACCCUGGGCGGUGACAGGGGGACGGUGCUGGCGGGCUUCUCCCGAGGUCCUCACAAGGCCGCCUCUGAACCCCACAUGCACGCUGUCACUGGCCCAGCCUGGGCUCCAGGCAUCCCCUGAACCUCGGCCAGAGCAAUCAGUGCUCUGCUGGUCCAUUGGAGUCUGGGGCUGAGUGCCACGCAGGCACUGACCUCUGGGGCCCUAGACUCCCCACCUGAAGCCAAGUACCUCUUCUUUCUUCCAAUAAACACUCUGCUGACUCCUCUCA